CAUAAUAGCGCUGCUGCCGCUGCGGGAUCCUCCGGGGAGCGGACAGAGGGUGACGGCUGUGUCUCUGUCAGUCUGCCGUCACAUGAAGCACAUUUCUGGCUCUCAUUUAUUCCUCCUCGCUUUAUCUGAACGGAAGGGCCUGUUUUAACGAGGAAAAAACAAACCCUGAAGGAGGUGACAUGCCCUUCACUGCUUGGCGCAGUGAGUGCGCUGAUCGCUGUCAGACGUGGACGAGGUAAAGACCGGAAUGGUGCAUUUAAAUCUCUCUUUCUAACGCAGAGGAGCUGACUCGGUUUUAUAUCUGUUUUCGGAUUAUUUGCUGGGGGGAAAUAACGACAUUACAUGCCCGAUCGCAGAACCGGAGCGACGGGGAAAUGCAGCACAGCGGGUGUUUGACUGCAGGUGGAUGGCCAACCUGACGGUCCCAGCCGCCGCUUUGCUGCAGCUGCAGCGCUGGCUUCGUCCGGAGCUUUGAAAACAAACUGAAAACCAACAACAACAACAACAACAACAGCAACAACAGCAACAACAAAAAGACCAAAUCAGACAUAUAAAACCGAGCCAUGCUUCCCGGGGUCGGCGUGUUCGGCACCAGCCUGACCGCCAGGGUGAUCAUCCCGCUGCUGAAGAAUGAGGGCUUCGCUGUCAAAGCCCUGUGGGGCCGGACGCAGGAGGAGGCGGAGGAGCUCGCCAAGGAGAUGAACGUACCGUUUUACACCAACCGGAUCGACGACGUGCUGCUGCAUCAGGACGUGGAUCUGGUCUGCAUCAACCUGCCGCCGCCUCUGACGCGGCAGAUCGCAGUCAAAACACUGGGUAUUGGCAAGAACGUGAUCUGUGAUCGGACAGCCACACCUCUGGAUGCCUUCCGAAUGAUGUCAGCAGCCCAGUACUACCCCAAGUUGCUGAGCAUCAUGGGAAAUGUGCUACGGUUCUUGCCGGCCUUUGUUCGAAUGAAGGAGCUGUUAGAGGAAGGAUACAUAGGGGAGCUUCUGGUCUGUGAGGCUCAGGUCCACAGUGGCAGUCUACUGGGGAAGAAGUACAACUGGAGUUGUGAUGAUCUGAUGGGAGGAGGGGGCCUGCACUCUGUAGGCAGUUACAUCAUCGACCUUCUUACUUUUCUGACGGGCCAGCGUGCAGCAAAAGUCCAUGGCUUUCUCAAGACCUUCGUCAAACAGACAGACCACAUCCGGGGCAUCCGUCAGAUCACCAGCGACGACUUCUGCACGUUCCAGAUGGUACUGGAGGGAGGCGCUUGCUGCACCGUCACGCUCAACUUCAACGUGCCCGGAGAGUUUCGGCAGGAGGUGAUCGUCGUGGGGACCGUUGGGAGGUUAACGGUCACAGGAACAGACCUGUACGGACAAAAGAACAGCGGUGGUGGAGGAAGCGGUGGCGGCCCUGAACUCCUGCUCAAAGACACCACGCCUCUUGAGAAGGCUUCGUUACCAGAGAAGGCCUUUAGUGACAUUCCGUCCCCAUAUCUUACCGGGACGAUCCGCAUGAUCCAGGCCGUUCGGCAGGCCUUUCAGGACCAGGACGACCGGCGGACGUGGGACGGGAGGCCUCUGACGAUGGCCGCCACCUUUGAGGAUUGUCUUUAUGCGCUUUGUGUGGUGGAUACUAUCAAGAAAUCCAACCAGUGUGGAGAGUGGCAGAACAUUGUGGUUAUGACAGAAGAACCGGAGAUCAGCCCGGCCUACCUGAUCAGUGAGGCCAUGCGACGGAGUCGGAUGUCACUCUACUGUUAGCCUCCUACCGGUUACCAUAAAGACUGGGGGUAGCAGCGGAUUGGCCUUGGUAUUGUUGGAACAUAGUUUUGAUACAACUACCAGUUUCAGUUCUUAAAUUUGUCACUGGUUUGUUUUAAAAAUCUGCAUUGUUGCUGUUACAGACAGGUUAUACCACUAUGAUAAAGAUAUGGUUUCCUGAUACCCUGCCUCAGCAGUAAAGGAAAAGCAAUGUGAUUAAUAAUUAAACAUUUAUUUAUAAGGAAUCAUUUCCUGUUUUUUCCCAUUUGAGAGAGGACUUGAGCCCUUCCAGGGAGAUGCACUUCUAAAUCAAACUGAUUCAUGCAACAGAAUGACAAGAUGCAGUCCUACAGUGGAGGGAGAUCAGGGAGUAAAACAAAUGCUACUGUUUUCUGCUUGACCGUAAGGGUAUUUCACCUCUCAUCUCUGCUCCUCUUCCACAUGACUGGGUCUGGAAGAUAACACCUUACACUGUGGGUCCGAAUGAGGACAGCCAAGGAAGAACGAUAGUCCUCUCAGUUAAAACUGUGCCGCUGUAUUGUUGCUAUAAUCUGAAGUACUUGCUAGUUUUACCAAGUGAAUGUUUCAAAAAUCAGUGUGCUUGAUAGUUUCAGUCUCUGUCGGCUCUGUAUGCUUCAUCUGUAUGUUUGAAACGAGAGAAAAAACUCAAUAGUUUGGCUGGUGGGUUUUUCAGAGGGGUUUACAUUCUGCUUUAUGUAUGCAAUAUAUCCAGGCUGUCUCUUAUUCUAGUCUGGAGUGAAGGGUUAAGAUACGCCGUAUCAGUUACAGUAGCCUGUGCAUCAGUUUGUGAGUCCUGCAAGUCAUAUUCUGUAGACUGUAUGACUUGGCAAUCUAGCCAUACUUUGAUGUUCUUAUUUAUCUCAUGCUUUUUCUGUCAACAUGAAACAGAGGCAUGAAAUACACUGAAUUCCUUGUGGUGUGUUAGUGCACAUCUGUACUGAGCCUUAAGAGUGGAUAUUAAUAUAGUCUUGCGCUAAAUUGCAAAUGAAUGCUAAGCUAUAUGGAGGUUUUAUCCUCAUUUUGUAAUGCAGUGGGCCAUCCCUGCUGCAAGUUAUUUAGCAUUUAGCAUGUUUUAUAAAGCCCCUUUAACAUGCACAAUGAAAUGGAGGCUUGUCAGUAAGCAUUGCAUGAGAAUUCAGUUUGACCUACAGUAAGACUUGAAACCAAUGGCACACAGUUGCACUCAAGUAACUGUGGAGCAUAGUAGGGUAGAUUGUGGAGUAUUAGCAUUUCUUUCAGCUUCUGUCAGAGGUGUUACAUGACAAGUGUGGUGUUAAUCUAUAUUUUACUUGUCAACAAAUCCAUGAAAACAAAAAAUCAACAAUGAAUUUGUCUGUCUCUCAGUACUUUAUAACUUACCUAGCCUGUCUGUGGCACUCGGCUCCAAGCCCACUGGUUCCUUAAAAACUUAAAUCUUAAAGCUGCACCAAUCCAUUUUUUAUGAACAAUGGGUCAGAUCAUGUGAAAUGUGAAAGGGACACCCAUAGUGAUAAACACAGAGAAUUAUCACUUUACUCGGCAGUUCUCAGCUCAACAGUGUAUUUUAGCAUCUUUCAGCUUGUUGUUUUGGUUUUACAGCCUGCAUUUUUAAUGUUUUGGUCCAGUCUCAUCAACCUUGAUUUCAGCUGCAGCAGGCAGCAGUUUUCAUUGAAAAAGGUCUGAUGAAUUCACUACAUGCCCAGUAGGAGUUGAUGGACAUUAAAACAGAGCUAAAAGGAGAGUGACUAUAGGAAUUAUUUUUAUUCAUUAUAUGGGCAAAAACACAACUCCAAACA